AUGUUUCGUGCCCGCCGCUACCGCAUCCUGCUCGCUUUUGCGGCGAUAUUUGUGUUGUCCGUCUUGCAUUUCUCCCGGUCGCGCGACUGGAAUUACACCGUGAUCGAAGACUCCGCCAGGGGCCCCUCGUCCGACCCUGUGCACCCGAAUACUCGCCCAGAGACGAAGCCGCUUUCUGCCCCUGCUGAGGACAGCAAGUAUCCUCCUUCGGUGCCCAACCUCCAUUCUUCUGGCUCCGAGAAGUCCCCAAUUGCCCCCCCCGGAGAUUCGUCAAAGGCCGAUAGCAAGAAGCCAUUGGGAGCUGGUUCGAGUAACAAUGCUGCUGAUAAAGUUCCCAGUAAGGUGAACUUGGAUGAUUCGACGAAGGCCGACAGUGUUGGCAGUAGCGACAAACAAACGCCUUCGCAACCGGAGACCGGGUCGUCAAGCUCAGGAAACUCGGUCUUUUCGCUGCCCGAGGAGAUCGACCAUGGCGGCACAGGUAGGGUGUUAGUCGAGCACCCUGAAAAGGGCGUGCCGAGGCGUUGGCAGAAGUUCCCUGAGCAGUUCCCUGUUCCCGCGAGCGAGCUGAUCAAGCUGCCAAAGGAGCGCGCCAAGGCGAUACCCAAGCUGCAAGCGAAAUUCAAGGACGAGUCGACGGUCGACAAACAGGAACGGCUUCAGCAACUGAGCACCAUCAAGGCGGAGUUCAAGCACGCGUGGGCAGGAUAUAAGAAGGCUGCUAUGGGUCACGACGAGCUCAAGCCGUUGACAGCUGGAUUUGAGGAUCCCUUCAAUGGCUGGGGCGCGACUCUGGUGGAUUCCCUCGAUACCCUGUGGAUCAUGGAGUUGAAGGAUGAGUUCUCCGAGGCUGUGGAUGCGAUCAAGAAGAUUGACUUUACCACCUCGGCCAGAGAGGACAUUCCCGUCUUUGAGACCGUGAUUCGCUACUUGGGUGGUUUGAUCGGUGCCUAUGAUAUCUCGGGCCAAAGACAUUCUGUGCUCUUGGAGAAAGCAGAGGAGCUUGCCCAGAUCUUGAUUGGUGCCUUUGACACCCCGAAUCGCAUGCCGGUUCUAUAUUACCGUUGGACCCCGGACCAUGUUGCUCGACCUCACCGAGCUUCAGCCAACGCUGCUCUGGCAGAAAUCGGAUCAUUGUCUUUGGAAUUUACCCGUUUGGCUCAAUUGACCAAGGAAGACAAGUACUACGAUGCCAUUGCCCGAAUCACGAACGAAUUGGAACAGCUGCAAGACAAAACCAAUAUCCCCGGCCUGUGGCCUCUCCGUGUCAAUGCACAGGGCUGUCCCAAGUACACUCCCAGCCGCGACAUUGGCACUCCGACGCGCCAGGAGCCUCGCCGGAAGGAACACACUUCCUCUGUACAUACUUCCUCAUCUACUACCUCUGCCACGUCCACCACAGCCACACAAAAGUCGGUUGUUGCACCAACUGACCUCAGCACUUACCUGAGCUUGAUUCAGCGAGAUACCUCCACCGACUAUUCGCAAUCCGAACCUGCAAUCUACAACCAUGGAGGAAGUCAAGCCCAGGGGGAUUUCACGACGGCAGACAAAUGUGACGGCGGAUUGGAGCUGCCCAACUCACAGCGGGAUAACAAGUACGGCCUGGGAGCUUUGGCUGACUCGACAUACGAGUACCUGCCCAAGGAGCAUUUGCUGCUGGGCGGCGUGAACGACCAGUACAAGAAGAUGUAUAAGAAAGCGAUGGACGCCGCCCGCAAAACUCUCCUGUUCCGACCCAUGAUGAAGGGCCAACGUGACCUUCGCUUUAUGGCGUCUACUAAUUCCCUGAACCUCGAAACCAAGGAUAUGCCUACUUCUAGCCAACUGGUAUAUGAGAGUUCGCAUCUGCACUGUUUCCUCGGAGGCAUGGUGGCCGUCGGAGCCAAGGCCUUUGGCAUUGAAAGCGAUAUGGAGCUCGCCUAUAAACUGACCGACGGCUGUGUCUGGGCGUAUGAGGCGACAAACACCGGGCUUAUGCCGGAAAGAUUCGGAAUUCUGCCCUGCGACAAGGAUAAGUCCUGCGAAUGGGACGAGGUCCGCUAUGAAAAGGAAGCGCAACGACACUCUUCCGUUCUUGACUCCGAGGCGCAGGCCCGCUUUCGCACCGGCGAGAGUGCUUACGGACAGCGUGUGAAGAUGAACCCAGAUAAUAAGCUGCAGGAGUCUGGUGAGAAUGGCAUGGCUGUUCCCCUUGCCAUGCCAGGAUCAAUGAACCCUCAUGAUGAGGACCCAUUAUACAAACGCGAUUCGUUUGCGGUCGGGAGAGCAGUCCCGACCCCAUCUCCUCUUCCAAUGGUCGCAAAUAGCCUUGAGAACCGUAAUGCGCCUCGCCUCCCCCAACCGCCAGCCUUGUCGCAGACUGAAGGCAACGAGCGACGUGACCGCCUCCCGGCCGGCAUGACAAGCAUUUCCGCACCAGAGUACUUCCUCCGGCCCGAGGCCAUUGAGUCGGUGUUCAUCAUGUUCCGCCUGACGGGCGACAACUACUGGCGGGUCAAGGGAUGGAAGAUGUUCGAGGCGAUCGUGAAGAACGCCCGCAGCGAACUCGCACACGCCUCGGUCAAGGAUGUCACAUCGCAGAAGCCCACUCAGAAGGAUGCGAUGGAGUCGUUCUGGCUGGCGGAGACACUGAAGUAUUUUUACCUGCUCUUCAGCGAUCCCAGCGUGGUGGAUUUGGAUAAAUACGUAUUGAAUACGGAAGCGCAUCCCUUCCUGCGCCCGAUUUCAUGA